GUCGUUUUAUGUGCGACAACGAAACCCGUUUGAUUAAAUCGCAACGAGACGUCGACAAGUGAGGCAGCGCGACCCAAAUAAACUGCACAACAAAAUAAAAAUAAUUUUUGCAUUAAUUGUGUCUACGUCAUGGCAUUUCUGAACAAGCUUGCUGCGCCAGCUCUGCGUCAGCUGGUAGCCAGCCGCGCCUACGCUUCGGUAUCCCAUGUCUCCGCCACAGGACCCUCGUUCACACUGACCGAGGAGCAGCAGCAGCUCCAGGAGCUGGCACGCAAAUUCACCCGCGAGGAAAUUAUUCCUGUGGCCGCACAAUACGACAAAACUGGAGAGUACCCAUGGCCGAUCAUCAAGAAGGCCUGGGAAUUGGGUCUGAUGAACAAUCACAUCCCCGCUGACUUGGGUGGCUUGGAUCUGGAUGUCUUCACCACCUGCUUGACUGCCGAGGAGCUGGCCUAUGGCUGCACCGGCAUUAUGACUGCUCUGGAAGCCAGCGGUCUGGGCCAAACACCUGUGAUUCUCUCCGGCAACAAGGAACAGAAGAAAAAGUACCUGGGUCGUCUGCUUGAGGAACCCCUGGUGGCCGCCUAUGGUGUCACUGAACCAGGAGCGGGCUCCGAUGUCUCGGGCAUCAAGACGCGUGCAGAGAAGAAGGGCGAUGAGUAUGUCAUCAAUGGCCAGAAGAUGUGGAUCACCAACGGUGGCGUGGCCAACUGGUACUUUGUCUUGGCGCGCACCAAUCCCGAUCCCAAAUGCCCCGCCAGCAAAGCCUUCACCGGUUUCAUUGUGGAUCGCGAUACUCCCGGAUUGACGCCUGGCCGCAAGGAACUUAACAUGGGACAACGUGCCUCCGAUACACGUGGCAUCACCUUCGAGGAUGUGCGUGUGCCCAAGGAAAAUGUGCUGAUUGGCGAGGGUGCUGGCUUCAAGAUUGCCAUGGGCACCUUCGACAAGACCCGCCCACCAGUCGCUGCCGGCGCCGUUGGUCUCGCCCAGCGUUGCAUGGAUGAGGCUCUGAAGUAUGCGCUGGAACGCAAGACUUUCGGUGUGCCCAUUGCCCAUCAUCAGGCUGUGCAAUUCAUGCUCGCCGACAUGGCCAUUGGUGUGGAGACAUCGCGUCUGGCGUGGCGUUUGUCCGCCUGGGAAAUUGACCAGGGACGUCGCAACAGCUACUAUGCCUCCAUUGCGAAGUGCCACGCUGCCGAUGUGGCCAACAAGAUUGCCUCCGAUGCUGUGCAAAUCUUUGGCGGCAAUGGCUUCAACAGUGAAUAUCCCGUGGAGAAACUGAUGCGUGAUGCCAAGAUCUAUCAGAUCUAUGAGGGCACCUCACAGAUUCAGCGUCUGAUCAUCUCGAGAAACAUGUACGAAAUGGCCAAGGACAGCAAAUAAGCUUGUCAUGCUACUUACAACCCGCACCUCAUUCACAAAACAAUAAAUAAAAUACGAUAAGUUAUAUAAACCCAAAAUAA